GCGCGAUAUCGUUCACGUCGCGCCAUAGCAACCGAGCCGACUUCAUCACGAUGGCGAAUACGCCGAAUAGUAGGUAGUAUAGUGUGGCCAUUGAGUAGGUCCACGUGAGUGCGACUAGCGGAAGAUCAGCCCGCACGGCAAAUAGGAGGGUCGUGAUGCUUUAUUCAGGUCAGUAUGUUAAUAUGCAGUAAGUACCUAUUGCGGGGGACGUUUGAAGGGCCGGCUGUUCGUGCCUGGGCACAGAGGACAGGGGUAGCUGUACUCUAUGUUGCCCAGCCUAUAUGAGAAUGGCCACCCACGAGCCUCGCGCAGCGUGGUUUUCGCGAUUUCACCAGGACUCUGACAGCAGGUCGUCGAAAUGCCUACCUAUCCUCUUCAACUCACCUGUCUAGGGGUGAUAUACGGCACGCCCUUACUGGCAUCGAUAUUCGUAGCUCUGAGGAUAUACACAAGGCGAAAGCUGAGUUUAAGACUGAGCUGGGAUGACUGGUUAAUCAUCGUUCCGUUACUCCUGUCAAUUGCUCUCAUAGGGCCCUCACAUAGACAUGUCAAAAUGUGGCAUGUCGGUGUUCAUAUUUGGGAGGUGUCGCCGGAAGAGAUAGAACCGGACUAUGACGAGUACUACGCCGUGGUGAUGGCAUUCAAUCUGUUGAAUAUCCCGAUAUUACCACUUGUGAAGGCGUCAAUAAUACUACUCCUUCUUCGCGCUGGCUCAGUCAUCGAAUGGCUCAAGAAAAUCCUUUACGCCAUUCUGAUAUUCACCAUCGGAAGCGCAUUAAUCCCAUGGUUUCUCUAUAUCUUUAUCUGCCCGCCACUAACUGGGAAUACCUGGGGCCCUAGGACAUUCGGCGGACUGCAUUGCAUGGGCCGGCAUAGGAUGGGCGAAAUGCUGAUUUGGGUCACUUGCGCCAACCUUCUCACCGAUGUCCUUAUCCUGCCGAUACCUUUCAUUAUUGUUAGGAGAAUGAUGAGCGCCCGAUUACGAUCGCGCUUGGUGGUGCUAGCGGUCUUCACAUGCAGUUUAGCUGUCACUGCAAUUGGCGCUGCGAAGAUUUAUCUAUCCUAUCGCGACCGACUUUACACACUCUUCAAGCCGGACUGGACCUAUCCUAUUGACUACUGCAUCAACCACAUCGAAAACAACGUCGCAAUCAUUGUAGCGAACAUCCCUAUCCUGCGCGGCCUCGUCACACGAUGGGUCUUCAACUUCAAGACGAAGGCGACGCCCUUGGAGCGUGAGUUUCGAGGGGAUUGGCAAUGCAAUACAUCAAACUCUUCGGACAUCAGCCGCUACGCCAGAAAGAACCGUGUGGUACAGAAAAUUCUCCCCUGCAUCCAGGAUGACUUCUCUAGUAGUCUGGCCACGCGCUCAGGAGGAGAUAUUCGACCUGAACGUGAACCCCACUACCCACCGAGAGUUGUCGCCACUGGCGAAUACCGCAAGAAGGGAUCAUAUUUUCCAAGAUCGCGAAGAAACAGCCUGGAUCGGUAUGAGAAGGUCAACUCCUGCGAGAAGGGUGACAUGCUAGAGACAAUAGGAAGUAUCGGGAGUCUGGGCUCUGCACCGACGUUGGUAGAGAGCAAGGAUAUUGGGAACGGGUGGAAGAAUAUGGACAGUCCGCCGCUUAGUCCAACGAGGAGGAUCUCGACUACAACGCUGAGCCCGAUUACACCAUUAACGCCGUGUAGGUUACGAGGGAUUGAGGAUGAUGAGGACGAUGAAGAUGAUAAGAUAUACCCAUACCAUGCUAGGUUAUGACGAU